UAAAACUGUAAGUACGGACAUAAGAACUUUGUUAUCGUGAACGUUACAAAAUACCAUUGCAUUCGCUAACACACGAAUUGCAUUAGUGAAUUAAAAAAAAUAUUUGUCCGUCAAGUCGUCUAAAUUCUAGAUCCUUUCGAACGCUUACAAAAGUGAGCGUAACCGUCGACGCGUGCGCAGUCAGGUUACGGAUUUUUAACUGACGCACCAAAAAACGGUUGUAUACCGAGAUGAUAACGUUUGGUUUAGUGAUAUUGUUUCUGUUGGGAGUGGAGAGCUUUCCCGAUGGAGCGCCGAUAGACGCUUGUGUAAAGGAUCGCGCGAACCAACCCAACCACGGACAGCACAGGACGCAACCCAUGUCCACGCUACCCUAUAGGGUUGUCGCUUCUUCAGCGCACUACACUCCGAAUUCACGUAUUACAGUAACAAUAGAAGGAGCGGAACCAUUCAAAGGUUUCUUCAUACAAGCACGUUCUGUGGAAAGCAACGAGUGGCUAGGCUCGUGGGAGCAGGCACCUAACACCACCAUACACCCGGAGUGCGCGGCCAUCACGCAUGCAGACCCGCGUGACAAGACCAGAGCCGUGCUCGCCUGGAAAGCACCCUCUAACUCACAAGGAGGGGUAUACUUCACGGGUACUGUCCUGAAGAACUACGGCACUUUCUGGGCGAAUCUGAUUGCGCAAGCACCGCAGGAUCCAUUACAACUACAAAUUCUUGGUUAACAUUAUGUUAUUUGUAUUGUAAAUGAUAAAUAGAAAAAGUAAGACUCUUAAUAAUUAUUGUACGUACAAUUGUGACAAUUAUCACAUAUAAAUAGGAUAAGGUAAA